AUGAAUGAUAAAAUCACCAUCCCAAUGUGCUCUGUCUAUUUUAAGGAGAAUUCUUAAUUUAUUCAAAACAAAAUUACAGAAUUGUAUACUGGUUGGAUGAUUUAGUACAAUAACUUCUUAAUACAAAAGUUUAAAUUUUUUGAAUUAGUAAUGCUUGUGAUUAAUGCUAGGGGAAGGAAUUCUAAAAAUAUAAUUAGAUAGAAACUAAAAAUGUGUUUAGGUUUCAAUGGUAAUUAAUCGCUUUUUAGAGGCUACUUGUGGAGAAAGAGAAAAUAUACAAAAAAAUAAGGUGUGAUUGAUGAAUUAGAUAGAACAAAAAAUAGAAUGAAUGAAGUAAAAUUGUGUAAGAUCAAGAGUGAUAGUCAUGACGAAUUAGUAUUAGGAGUGUUCCAUCAUGUUUAAAGGUAGGAAAUAGGGGAAAUGAUGAAUAUUAAUUUGAGAUUAUUGUGUGAGAAAUAUUUGAAUCGAAUUCAUGAGAGAAUGAAUGAUUUAAUUAAAAAAACAGAAUGA